UGCCCUGAUGCCACCCCCAAUCAUGGGAUGGUCCCCCUCGAAUGCUGGAGGCGACAUCGUCGACGAGUCGACGUUGCCCAGAGAGAUCGUCUUCCCGGCGCAGCCUGCGUCCUCCCCCUCCUCGUCCUCCGACGCGCCGCGACGAGGAAGGAUACCCCGUCCCCGCAACGCGUUCAUCAUGUUCCGCCAGUGGUUUGUGCAGCACCGCCCCUCCAAGAGGUCCCUCAAGGGCGCGGGCUCCGGGGUGUCCGUCUCCCGCGAGGCUAGCAUCGCAUGGCAUGCGCUGCUCCCCGACCAGAAGCAGUACUUCUACAAGCUCGCGGAGAUUGAGAAGAAGCGACACGCUCUCCAGUAUCCGGGCUACCAGUUCAAGCCCCGCCGAAACCCCAAGGGCUCCUCUCAAAACGUCGCGGCGACCAUCGCUGCCACGAGCUGUUCUGCUGCGCCUAGUCCUGCUCUGUCGACCAGCUCCUUCGUCUGCCGAGCGGCCGAGCUGAAGCGCCCGUCAUCAGCGCAGACCGUCGGCCAGCCAACGCUCGACUACGGCUCGCCGGCGCAUCAGACUCCCCCGAUGACGCCACCGCCAGAAUCUGUGGCGUCCGCCUCUCUCGCGUCAAUCAAGGCCGACCGCAGGCGCUCGUCCUCUGUUCCCGUCACCUCCGAAGACUACAUCUACAUGUCGAGGUUCCUGGCUGCAACUGAAAAUGCAGCCCCGUUCAUUGUGACCACGGACGAUUUGGUUUCCCAACCGAUGUCGGCGACAUUCUCUGACCACAGACGCUCGCGGUCCUUGAGUCGAGAGUGGCCAACCGCGGCUCCUGCUUUCGAGGCAGCACCACUCGAAUCGAUGUUCCUGGAUCCUCGUAGUCCGCAGCACUCUCACGAAUACGUCUCGUCAUUCAAUUAUUUUCCUCCGCGAUCGCCGAACAACGCGACGCUUGACCCGGCCGCGCUCUUCCUACCCAACGCUCCCAUGCCUCCGCUGGAUGCGGUCGCGUCGUCGCUGGUCGACUGCGAGGGCGCACCGCCUCGCCUCUCACCGAUGACUACGUCGAUCAUCGUCACCCCUGUCGCGCCUACAGCCAAGCGGCCUCCGCGGGUCACCCCCCCUCUGUGGCUUGGGAUACCCUCUUGCUCGGAGAGCUUUGAUCUCGCGGCGCUCUCCGAAGGGUCCUCGCCACCCGAGUCCGUCACCGAGCAGGGCUUCUCCCCGCCGCUGGGUGCCUUCGAGUGGGAUGGCUCGCCGCUGAUGUACCCUGUUGACGUCGGAUUUGAAGAUCCCUCCUACUUCUCCCAACAUGUGUUCGCUCCAGAAGACCUGGACUUCUCUCUUCCGGGGUAUCUCUGAUGCGCCUUCCACCCAGUUCUCAUCGUCGCGUUGCUGUCUCUAUUGUAUAUAUUUAUUUCCGACAUACUCACCCAGUAUUCGCCCGUAGAACUAAAUGUAUAUCGCCGCCAGGCGCCUGUAUCAUCUGCUGUAUAUCUCCCUUCUGGGGCUGUUUAUGAUAAGAAUC